AUGACAAUAACAACAAAUAACUUUGGAACAAUGCGACCUUGCUUUAAUGGAUAUCCUUUUCAAGCUGGACAAGGAAGAGUCAAUCAACUUGGAGGUGUCUUCAUCAAUGGGCGUCCUUUGCCGAAUCAAAUCCGUUUGAAAAUUGUUGAAAUGGCUGCUGCGGGAAUUCGUCCUUGCGUUAUCUCACGUCAAUUGCGUGUUAGUCAUGGAUGUGUCUCUAAAAUUCUUAAUCGGUAUCAAGAAACUGGAUCAAUUCGCCCGGGAGUUAUUGGAGGAUCAAAGCCGAAAAUUGCGACGCCUGAUGUUGAAGCACGCAUCGAGGAAUACAAAAAAGAGAAUCCAGGUAUAUUUUCAUGGGAAAUCCGUGAUCGCCUUGUGAAAGAAGGCUUUUGCGAUCGAACAACUGCUCCGUCGGUUUCUGCCAUCUCACGAUUGUUACGAGGACGUGAAAAUGAAGAUGAGAAGAAAAAUGAAAACAUCAAAAAUUCCGAUGGAGAUGCUUCGGAUUGUGACAGUGAGCCGGGAAUUGCCUUGAAACGGAAACAACGUCGGAGUCGUACAACUUUUACUGCCUUGCAACUUGAUGAGCUUGAACGUGCCUUCGAACGAACGCAAUAUCCUGACAUUUAUACACGCGAAGAAUUGGCGCAACGCACAAAAUUGACCGAAGCUCGUAUCCAAGUUUGGUUCAGUAAUCGUCGGGCUCGUUUGCGCAAACAUUCGGGCGGAAGUAACAGUAACGACGGCAUGAGCAUCAAUGAUUCGACAAGUACGGGAAUUGACACGUCGAUCGUUUCAAAUAUCUCGACAGCAUCGGCAGUUGCUUCAGCAGCGACGUAUCCGUGGUCAGGAACUUUUGCGACAAAUCGUUCAAUGAGUCCCGUUUCCAUGGGAAUGCAUCAUCAUCAUGGCUUGGCACCCGGAAGUGCUUCGAUGAUGAACAAUUUCUCCUCGUUUCAACAUCAAUCGGCAGUUAAAGCAAACAGUCAAGGAUUUGCAGCGAUGCCUCCGCAACAUUUCUAUUCGUGGUAUUGA